UCAGGUUCAGAUUCUCACAAACCGUCAAAAUCAAGCGUAGAAGAAGAGCGCAACCCGGAAGCGUAAAUGUUGUGUUGUCAUUUCUUACGAAGAUGACUGGGCACGAUCACCUGUCUAUCUGUUUGUGCGAUUUAAUCAGAUUGUUGGGGUCGCUGCUCUUGCCAUGCUUCUACCUGUGUCUCGUCCUGACGGGAGUGCUUUUCCUGUUUGUCGCGGGGAUUCGCACUUGGCUUCAGUCCAGCAGGAGAGUACGCCGAGCUCAAGAUGGACGACCCGCGGUCGCCUUCUUCCACCCUUAUUGUAAUGCAGGAGGUGGAGGAGAGCGAGUGCUCUGGUGUGCCAUUAGAGCUCUGCAGAACAGGUACACAGAUGUGGAUUUCGUAAUUUACACAGGCGAUCAAGGUGUUACGGGCGAGCAGAUUGUGGACGGUGCUCGUCGCCGCUUUAACAUCCGCCUACCACGUCCAGUCCGCUUUACCUUCCUGAAACAUCGGCUUUUGGUGGAGGCCAGUCUUUACCCCCACUUCACCCUGCUGGGCCAGAGCAUCGGCUCACUUUUCUUAGGCUGGGAGGCGCUCACGUCCUUUACGCCUGAUCUCUACAUUGACUCCAUGGGCUACGCCUUCACACUGCCUGUCUUCCGUUACCUGGGUGGAUGCAGAGUGGCGAGCUAUGUGCACUACCCCACCAUCAGCACAGACAUGCUGUCAGUGGUUCGCGACAGAAACCCCAGGUUCAACAAUGCAGACUACAUCACUAAUAACCCUAUUCUGAGUGCCAUUAAGGCAGUGUAUUACUGCGCCUUUGCCCUGCUGUAUGGUCUCGCCGGCUCCUGCAGUGACGUGAUCAUGGUCAACUCUACCUGGACGCUGGGUCACAUCCUGGCACUGUGGCGUGCCCCGAACCGCACCAGCGUUGUCUACCCACCAUGUGAUGUCCAGGCCUUCCUUGAUGUCCCCCUGGAGGAAGAGGAGGACAAGGACGGAGUCAGGAAGUGCCACUCCAUAGUGUCGGUGGCCCAGUUUCGCCCAGAGAAGGACCACCGGCUGCAGGUCAGAGCCUUCCGGAAACUUCUGGACAGACGUAGGGGGGAGCCCGGCAGUAGGGAGCUGGUUAAGCUGGUGCUGAUUGGUGGAUGCCGGAAUCAGGAAGAUGAGGACAGGGUGCUGAUGCUGAGGGGGCUGUGCCAGGAGCUGGGCGUGGCCGAUAGUGUGGAGUUUAAGCUGAACAUCCCGUUUGAGGAGCUGAAGAAGGAGUUAGUGGACGCUACGAUCGGCCUGCACACCAUGUGGAACGAACAUUUUGGCAUUGGUGUGGUUGAGUGCAUGGCUGCUGGGACAGUGAUCCUGGCCCACAGGUCUGGUGGUCCUAAGCUGGAUAUCGUCGUGCCAUAUGAUGGCGGCAUCACAGGUUUCCUGGCUGAUGAUGAAGAAAGCUACUCCGAUGCGAUGGAGCGAAUCUUCACCAUGACGCCGGCAGCACGACUCGAGAUCCGCCGUCGGGCACGUCAGUCUGUCAGCCGCUUCUCGGAUCAGGAGUUUGAGGCAUCCUUUUUGGCAGCCAUGGAGCCUCUGAUGGGCACUUUGGAGCGAUGAAUUUAGGGGAGGAUGGAGGAUGUUCCGUGUCUCAUUCAGAGCUCAUUACAACCAAGUUACUGCUUAAAGACUCGUUCAUAAUGCAGGCAUGUUCGUGAGCAUUCACCAUCCGCUGUGAAUCGCCCCACCUCUGCUGCAAAACAUUCCUGUGUAUGAAAAAAUAUACGUGGACUUUUCUUUUGAUUUGGUGUAUUUAGAAAACAGAGAUGCAUUGUGGGUAAGAGUGGAGUUUUCAGCUGAAAGAGUUAAAAUACUUCGAUGUAAUGUAGCAUUGCACUUGAUGUACGUAGCUCGCAAACCCACUUUCGUAUCUUGACCAUAAAAGAUAAGCUGCUUUCAUCUGAUGAACUUUCAACUGAUACGAGACUGACAUCAAAUAAGAGAGGGUGAAAAAAAAAAUCAAAACUGCCCUCUGGUCAUUUGUAAAAGAUAAGUUUUGCUAGCAUGCUUGGGCAUGGUGAAGCUGAAAUGACUAGAGUCCAGUGAGCAGACUGCAAACAGACAGAUUGUUUGUUUGGUUUGUUUCAAAUCACAGUCCUGUCCACUGCUGUUUCCCACACUCUGCAUCUUGUUUAUCUUUGUUUUAUUUCGUUUUGUCUCAUUUCUGCCUGGGUCAGAGGCUGUCCUUCCAAAAGUCUGCUUUUCUCUUAAGUUAGACAACUUGUAUGAUGGUGAAGAUGUAUUUUCUCCUUUUUUAUUUGAAGACUUGUAUUCAAAUUCUUAUUUAUGAGGAUAUUUACAAUAAAUGGUUUGAGGAAAAUUUUGAGGA